AUCUCUUCCCUUGCCAAACCACGAUCUCUGCUCUCUUCUGCAUCUUCUCGGCUGCAAAGAAAAAAAAAUGUUGAAAAAAAUGGGUUUUGAAGAAGAAGCAGUUGUGCAAUUGAUCAAUUCUGAUUUCAGAGACCUAAGUGUAGCUGCUAAUCAAUUAGCCAAUCACGUGGUCAAACUUGGUGGCAUAGGCUUUGGAGCUUCUUUUUUCGGAUUGAUUGCUGCCAUUGCUGCUAUUUAUCUGUUAAUUUUGGAUCGUACAAACUGGAGGACUAAUAUUCUCACAGGACUACUCAUUCCAUAUAUUUUCUUCAGCUUGCCUUCGAUAAUUUUUGCCGUCUUCAGGGGAGAGAUUGGAAAAUGGAUUGCUGUUAUUGCUGUUGUAUUGCGCCUUUUCAUUCCAAGACACUUCCCUGAUUGGCUGGAAUUGCCGGGUGCUUUGAUUCUUCUUAUCGUUGUAGCUCCUUCUCUAUUUGCAAACACCUUUAGAAGCGACAUUGUUGGGGUGGUAGUGUGUCUCAUCAUUGCAUGCUAUCUGCUGCAAGAACAUAUUCGGGCUUCUGGUGGUUUCAGAAACUCCUUCACUAAAGCCCAUGGCAUAUCAAAUUCCGUUGGCAUAAUACUUCUGUUGGUCUAUCCCAUCUGGGCGUUGGUGGUCAUACUUUUUUAGGAACCAUCACUUGGACUUGGUUGAUAUGUGUGAAUUAAAACAAUUGUUUUCUCUACCAUUCAUUCGUUGGAUCUUGAUAUCUGUAAACACCUUGCAUUGUUUUAUGAUUGACCUGUCGUGAACUUAGCAUGUUUAAAAUAGUGGAAUCAAAUCUCACUGAGAUUUUUGGGUUUCAUGGAAUGUAAAAAAACAAAAGAAGAUGAAGAUGAUUCUUGUGGUAUCGUUUUAGCUGUCGAGUAUUCACAAAUCAUGUAUGAUUUAGGGAAACCGUUGUACUCUUACCUGUGGGUUGUAAUAUAAAUUUACAUUUAUUUC